UGCAGAAGGGACCAGACGGGGAGAACAUUUCCAAAAAAUGGUCCCCAAACUUCAGGGCCUGGGUAAACUGGCAGGACACACAGCCGUCAGCUCGGACAGAGACGGUGCUCCCGAAGGCUGCAGUGUCAACUAACAACGAUGCAGUCCCUGCCCAUGGAAGUGGGAAGCAGCAGCAGCAGCUCGGCUCCCAGCGACACAUCUGGCCCGGUGGUGCAGGUGUGCUUCCCCAGCGCUCAGGCCUCGGUGCUGGACAGCCUGAACCGGCAGCGAGAAGACGGCCGGCUCUGUGACCUCUCCAUCCACGUCCAGGGACAAGUGUUCAAAGCCCACCGCUGCGUCCUGGCUGCCUCCUCCCCCUACUUCCAUGACCAGGUACUACUGAAGAACAUGUCUACAGUCUCCAUCCCGGCAGUCAUGGACCCGCUGGCGUUUGAGAGCGUGCUGAGCUGCGCCUACACCGGUCAGCUCCGGAUGCUGCGCGAGGACAUCGUCAACUACCUCACGGUGGGCAGCGUCCUGCAGAUGUGGCACAUCGUGGACAAAUGCACCGAGCUGCUGAAGGAGGGCCGGGCUGCUGCGGGAGGAGGGAGCAGCGGAGGAGGUGCUGUGCAGGAAGCAGCCAGCGUCAGAGGAGGUGGAGGGUCAGCUAACCUCGGGUGCAGCAGCAGCAAUGGUGACGGCGUUGCAGGCGGUGGUAAUGGAGCUGGCAGUGAUGGGGGUGUGAGUGGUGGUCAGGCCCAGGUUGCAGGGUCCAACGAGCCGCAGCCGGCCUCCCAACCUCCCAGCCGGCCGUCAGUGAGUGAGAGCCAGUCUCCCAGCAGCACCAACUACUUCAGCCCCAGGGACGGGAGCAGCUUCGGAGGGAGCGGUGCAGCCGCAGCUGGGGCCUCAGCGGACGGAGGCGGGGCCAGCAACACCCCCAGUUACUGCACCCCAUCAGGAGGAGAGGAAGCCUUCCUUAUUGAGGAAGAGGAGGAGGAGGGAGAGGAGGAAGAGGAGGAAGUACUGUACCACCAAAGGAAGAGAGGAAGAGGCAGCGGGAGGAGGAAGAAAAUGAGUUCGGUGUCAGAGCAGGAAGUGGGCGUCAGCGACAGUUUUGGCGUGUCUUCCUAUCAGGAUGGGGAGGUCUCGGCGUUGCCGCUGCAGAAGCGUCCGACCUACAGCCAGCCCAGCAUCAUGCCCCGAAAACAGUGGGUGGUGGUGAAAACCGAACGCAUGGAGGACGACGACCUCAUCGUGGUGUCCGGGGAGGAAGGAGGCGAAGACGAGGAGGACGAGGAUGAGAGGGAGAUGGAGCUGGCCAGAGAGAGGGAGAGAAGCGACUUCAACAUUUCCAACGUUAGGAGCCUGUCAGCCGAUCUGGGAAGCAGAGCUGAGAACGACAUGGACUCACAGGUGGACUACUGCCAGUCUUCAGAAGACUACCUCAAGUUUGAAGGCAGUUUGAUGGACCAGACUUUAGCUCAGCACCUUCAUGACAGUGCAGCAGGUCAGAGCCAGAGCGCGAACCGUGCCGUGUCGGCGCUGCUGGGCCAGGUUCAGUCUGCUGCCUCGGCACGGGCCCAGCUCUUCCCGCUGGACAUGCAGGGGAACCAGAUCCUCCUGUACAGCCAGGCCUCCGGACUCUCGCUGGACGCGGCCGCCCCUCCCCUGGGGAUGGCAGGCGGUAUGAUCGGAGGCACCUCCUUCAAAGGUCCCAGUCUGGAGCACGGUGCGGUCCACCUGUCGGUGCAGGGCGGUUUGGGAGUUGACAGCAUGGACAGCGGGGGGAUCGGAGGGGUAAGUGGGAGUGGUGGCGGCAACAGCAGCUCCGGGGGUUCGGGGAAAGUGUUUAUGUGCCACUGUGGUAAGACCUUCACCCACAAGAGCAUGAGGGACCGCCACAUCAACAUGCACCUGGACCUGAGGCCCUUCCACUGCCCCGUCUGCGCCAAGAAGUUCAAGAUGAAGCAUCACCUCACGGAGCACAUGAAGACGCACACGGGCCUCAAGCCGUACGACUGCCUCGGCUGCGGCAAGAAGUUCAUGUGGCGCGACAGCUUCAUGAGGCACCGCUCGCACUGCGAGAGGCGCAGCGGGCUGGGAGAGAGCGGCGAGGGUGGGAGCAGCGGCGAGGGAGGGAGAAGAGGAGGAGGUGGGGGUGAGGAUGGGCCAGAUUUGAUUUCCUCCCCUCACCUCCUCCUGUCUGCGGGUGAGGGAGGACAGGGCGGUAUUUUAGGUGGAGGAGGGAGAGGAGGAGUGUCUGUUUCUUCUCCACACCUCUCCGGCGCUGUUCUGUCGCCGCAGCACUCCGGCGUCUCAGGAACAGGAAGUAGCAGCAGUAACAGCAGCGGUGCUGCUCUGAGCAACAGCAUGGCCGCCUCAGGGGCGCUCCUGGGGGUCGUCUCCCAGAGUCCCGGUCAGGGAUCAGGGAUGUUUGCCGGUCUCGGGUUGGGUAGAAGUGUGUGUGAUGAAGACGUGUGUGAAGUCAGUGCCAAUGACAGCAGUGUGACUUAAACCAGAAGUGUGUGCGUGAUGUCCAGCGGGCGCCUCUUUCUGAGUCAUGCUUCUUGUUCCUGCUGCUGUUUUUACAAUUUAGAAAACUUUAAAGAAGCUUUUCUGAAACACUUUUAACUGCCAACAAUUUCAAGCAGGAAGUUUGUUCUUUGUCGAGAUGAAAAAAGGCGAGGCUCCCGUUGGACACACAACCUAAAGAAGCUCUAAGUGUUUAUAGAAAAAUGGGACAUUGAGGUUCCAGUCGACUGUUGUGCCGUGAAGUUUCUGAAACAGACUUGUGGUCGAAUUGGUGCCAUCUUAAAUUAUCACCGCACCGCAAAGACUUUUGGAAACUUGCCUCCGAAAUGUGGCCUCAUUAUAAAUUUUGUCUCAGUGAGUAAGCUAUUGUUUAAAAUAUCCCAGAUGUUAUAAAAAAAAAAAGUUUGGUUUUGUGGAAGAAAGCUUUGCGUGUCGAGAGGAAACCAA